GUUCUCGCCUCCAGCCUGAGUGGAUUAUACUCCACCUUACCCAAGAGGCUGGUUCCUCGGUACGAUUUGUGUCCCACCGAUUUGGAUUCUCCAGGCGGCCCUGUCACCAUGAAAACACCCGCAUAUCUAGCUCCUAAUUCCUCAGCUCCGUGCGUUGUGGAGCUCCCAGUUGGUGGAGCAGCUUGGCAUCAGUUAUCCGAAGCGGAGUGGAGCCAAUCGACAGAUCUGCGCCGGAUUCUUCAUACGCUAGAUUUUUGUAAUCUAGUCGUCAAGAUAGCUCACCCAAACAUCCGGGAUCAAUUGCUAUACUUCAUCAGUUCCGCUUUUCUCGUCCCCGUCCUCGGUUCGGCUCUGCACCAAAGUGCGUUAAAUGAAGUUGUCGCUGCUACGGCCUAUCUCGAGCUGUUCCUACGCCGUCUUACGGAGCCGUUGUUAAUCAAAUUGUUUCUGCGCUUCAUCAUGACCGGCAGUCACGACUCUUCUCUCAUCAUCACUUCACUGAUCAACCGAUUGAACGCGAACGCCACUGUGGUAACUGAUGUGAUGUACCAACUUGGCAUGGUCACUUUGUCGUUGUUUCGGACAAUUUUGAGCUUUCAUUGCGAAGAUGUGAUGUACGAUCUGAUAUUCAGGCAUUUAGAGCACUUGCAUCACCUGGAAUGCACGCGAUUACCAACCUCAUCGGUGGACCGGCAUCUUCGACCUGGACGUACACGAUGGCCAACUCCCGCUCCACGAAAACCAUCCACCCCUUCUGCCCACCCACCUUUGAGCAAUCUGGCCGUUGAUUUGGUUAGAUCUGGUGACCGCUUUCUUGGGCUUGCUAGUGCAUCCGCACCUGACACAGAACCCUGUCACACGGUAUCUAAAGAGUGCUCCCAUUGUAUUCGAACGGCGGAAGAUAAGAGUAGCUCAAAUUCGGUUAUGAUUAAUAACAAGUUUGUGGCUAUGGCGCAACGGCCGUCCGAUGAAACUACAGCCUCCAGCUCUUUCAUCUGUUCACAAGCGGAUCACUGUUCUUGCAAAUCCUCCCACAUUCUCCCCGAAUCUCCUAAUAUUUUUCUAUACUUGAAGAGUGCGGAACGUAGGAUACAAAGACGACGCUCUGCUUGUCGUUUUUGGAGUUCUGAAUAUUUCCCCCUAACUAGUUCCUGUGAUCCACCGUUUCUAUUUGGCCGUACAGAUGAAGGUCCUCUUAGCUGCGGAGAGGAGAUUUACGGCAUGCUAUUGGAUGUCGCGAAGCAUGCAGCGGAGUUCUCUAGCCCAACUCCCAAACUCGAAGCCACCGAUGUCUACCAGCCUGCACCAUUGUCGCUAAGUUCCCGGACUCAAUCCUCAUCUUUGUACCAGCUUAAUUUUAUCCAGGAUUUAUCGGACGAGGAGUCUGAGUGUUCAGACGCUGUCGCUUCUUCAGUCGCCAUUCCUAUCGCCUCGCCCACGACUUCACUUAGUCGCCCCACUGGUUCACCUGAUCCUCGCGCUGCUACUGACUCUCUAAGUAGACAGACACCAGACUCCUCUUCUUACUCCGGAGAGAAGUGCACAUGCACUCUGCAAGUGUCCAAAUUCAAUUCUUCCUUUAACGCGUCUUCUGUCACCGUCAUACCACAAUGUGAGACCGAUGAAUUCCGCGCAUUUCUGACACUCCUGGAUGGAGUUCAGUCACCUUGGAAGUGUUCUAAGCACUAUGAUUAUCUACCCUCUAGUACUACCUGGCCGCCCUUCGGGGAAGUCUUUUUCGAGGAACUGGAUUCCCUAUAUGCUCGUCUCUUCUCUGCGCCAGUCAGCAAAGCUACGCCACUGGUGGACAAGUCCCAAAGAACCGACUGCGUUCAGCCCUCCACACCCGUGUGGACACCACAACCACCCCUAUCGACAUCUCAUUCACAUCCCAUCCAUCGGGGAUCCAUCAAACGUACCAAUCCCUAUUUGCCUAUUGCCGGUGGCAUUGGUCCUUUUUUAUCCAUCAUAUUGAAUCGGUUGUCGACUUUGCACACGAAUUGUCUGUUCACUAAUCUGCUACUGACAGACCUGAUUGCCUCCUUGGCCGCCUACUCCUGCCCAUUGCUAUAUACGUUUUUGCUCAAUUCAGUGGGUCUAUGUUUGAGGUCAAAUGUGAAUUCGCUUUUCAAGGUUCUUCGUCAAGUGAAAAGCCAGCUCACUGCUAGUGCCGCCUCCGUGGAGUCAUGGCACUCACUGGUUUAUCGCGCUCGUUUGUAUCUUCACAGCGGACUUCUCUACUCCACAGACACUGUGGUUGAUCCCCGAUUCUACACCAUGGACGGUCAGGAAGCUUCCCUCUCUCCUUCGCUCUUGGCUUGCUCAUCUCCGCGCAAUUCAUCUAGGGGAAGUCCCUCCGGUUACCAAAGUAUCAUGAGACCUUUGCACGAAGUUCGCACUGUUUGGUUACCUUUAACUGGUGAGUCAAUACAACAAGGUGAUGCGGAUGGGCUUCAAAACAGAACAUCGACCUCACCUUCUUCAUCCGAAUCUCGAAAGCCUUGUACAAGAUCGUCUAUUGGCGAUUCUCCUGCAAUCCCCCUGUUCCCUGUACAGUUAUCGAUGCGCCGUGACUCAAGCCAGUCCACUCGCCGUUCCUCUUUGACCCCCUCUUCUUCCCUUCUUCCGACCCCCUUUUGGAAUAUUUCUGUUAAUCUUAAGCGCACACCUCCCGCUUCCAAACAGACGUCUCCACUGAGAUCCCAAAGUUCGCGACCUUUGUCAGCUGUCCGCAAGCGCUUCUUUAGACAUGCGGAUCAGUUAGUCCAUCGAUCAACCAGUUCUGACCGCGACGAUCGUGAUCCUGCGCAAUCGGAUCUGAAUACUCGGACUAGGAAUUUAGUGUUCGGAGCCAUCAUAUUUGACGAGUUUUGCACUGAAUUGGCCGCAUUGUCUUACCUUCACAGCAUGCAUGCCGAAGUGUUCAGUGCUUUCCCUUCUUCCACAGAGAGCUAUGGCUCCAAAGGAUAGAUUCUAACAGUUUUGUACAUCAGCCGCUAUUUUUUGACACCUGUGUUCCCAUAUAACGAUAAGAUUCACUUCACUGAGUUGUUUCUUCCUCGUCCACACAGAUUCCUUCAAUUUCCACUUUGGCUUAUAACAGUGCUUCCACAUUCUUAGUUGUGCAAGUCGAUCAAUCCCAGUUUUCAUGAGAGAUCCAUUUCCGGAUUGAUUAUUUUCUUCGGUUCAUUGCUUUCAGAUAUUUCUCACCUUCCUGUGUAUUUCUAUUUAUUGCUUUACUGAUUGAAUUGGGUUUCUUACACCUUGCCACUUGUUUGUAGUCAUAUUUCACACUGGCCGCACUUCGUGGGAAGAACAG